ACCGGCGUGGCCCGCUGCCUAGGAAACGUCCCGCGCCCGCUCCCCGCGCGGCACCCGUGUGGGGGCAGUAGUGCGGGGUGCGGGUUGCUGUGGGGUCACGAUGUUGAGUCAGGGACUGUCCGGGGUCCUUGCCGCCCGGGCCGCGGCUCUGCUGCCCCGGCGCGCGUGCCUGGGACUCCUGGGCGCCGGGCUCCGAGGGGUCAGCACCAGCUGGUCUCCCGUGGGUGCCGCCUUCAAUGUCAAGCCCCAGGGCAGCCGCCUGGACCUGUUUGGCGAGCGCCGGGGUCUUUUUGGAGUUCCUGAGCUCAGCGCCCCAGAAGGGUUCCGCGUGGCGCAGGAAAACGCCCUGAGAAAGACGGACCAGCUGGUGGCGCGCGCGUGUUCCACGCCGCCGGGGCCGCAGACCGUGCGCAUCUUCGACGAGCUCUCCGACGCCCUCUGCCGGGUGGCGGACUUGGCCGACUUUGUGAAGAUCGCCCACCCCGAGCCGGCGUUCAGAGAGGCGGCGGAGGAAGCCUGCAGAAGCAUCGGCACCGUGGUGGAGAAGUUGAACACGAAUGUGGAACUGUACCAGAGCCUGCAGAGACUGCUGGCUGACGAGAAGCUCGUGGGCUCCCUGGAUGCAGAGACCAGGCGCGUGGCCGAACUCUUCAUGUUUGAUUUUGAAAUCAGCGGAAUCCAUCUCGACAAAGAGGAGCGCAGAAGAGCAGUGGACCUGAACGUGAGAAUCCUGGACUUGAGCAGCACGUUCCUCAUGGGGGCCAACUUGCCCACCAAGAUAGAGAAGCAUCUCCUACCGGAACACAUUCACCAGAACUUCGUUCUUGCCGGGGACCACAUCGUAGUGGACGGGCUGCACGCAGAAGCCCCGGAUGACUUGGUGCGAGAAGCCGCUUACAAAAUUUUUCUUUACCCCAACGCCGGUCAGCUGAGGUGUUUGGAAGAGCUGCUCCGCAGCAGAGACCGCCUGGCGCGGCUCGUCGGCUACCCCACCUACUCGCACAGAGCUCUGCGGGGGACGAUAGCGCAGACCCCGGAGACUGUCAUGGAGUUCCUUGAGAAACUAUCUGACAAACUUUCGGAAAGAACUGUCAAAGAUUUUGAGAUGAUGCGAGGGAUGAAAAUGAAACUAAAUCCUCAAAAUUCGGAACUAAUGCCGUGGGACCCCCCCUACUACAGCGGCGUGCUCCGUGCAGAAAGGUACAACAUCGAGCCCAGCAUAUACUGCCCGUUCUUCUCCCUCGGCGCCUGCAUGGAGGGCCUCAGCGUCCUGUUCCACAGCCUCUUCGGGAUCUCGCUGUUCGCCGAGCCGCCCGCAAAGGGGGAGGUGUGGUGUGAGGACGUCCGAAAGCUGGCCGUGGUGCACGACGCGGAGGGACUGCUGGGCCACAUUUACUGCGACUUCUUCCAGCGGGCGGGCAAGCCACACCAGGACUGCCACUUCACGAUCCGCGGGGGCCGGCUGAAGGAGGACGGGGACUACCAGCUCCCCGUGGUGGUCCUCAUGCUGAGUCUCCCCCCGUCCUCGAGGAGCGCGCCGACGCUGCUGACGCCGGGGAUGAUGGAGAACCUGUUCCACGAGAUGGGGCACGCCAUGCACUCCAUGCUGGGGCGCACCCGCUACCAGCACACCACCGGGACCAGGUGCCCCACCGACUUCGCUGAGGUCCCUUCUGUCCUGAUGGAGUACUUUGCCAAUGACUACCGCGUGGUUAGCCAGUUCGCCCGGCACUACCGGACGGGGCAGGCGAUGCCCAGAAACAUGGUGUCCCGCCUGUGCGAGUCCAAGAAGGUCUGUGCCGCGGCCGACAUGCAGCUCCAGGUCUUCUACGCCGCGCUGGACCAGACCUACCACGGGCGGCACCCGCUGAGCAGCUCGACCACGGCCCUGCUGCAGGAGGCCCAGGAGCGGCUCUACGGCUUGCCCUACGUCCCCAACACCGCCUGGCAGCUGCGCUUCAGCCACCUCGUGGGCUACGGGGCCAAGUACUACUCUUACCUGAUGUCCAGGGCCGUCGCCUCCAUGGUCUGGAAGGAGUGCUUCCUGCAGGACCCUUUCGACAGGGCCACCGGGGAGCGCUACCGGCGGGAGAUGCUGGCGCACGGCGGGGCCCGGGAGCCCAUGCUCCUGGUGCAAGGGAUGCUGCGGAGGCGCCCCUCCGUGGACGACCUGGUGAGCGCCCUCGUGUCGGACUUGGACCCGGACUUCGAGACUUUCCUCCUGGACUCCUCCGAGUGACUGACGUGCCUGCCCCUCCCAGACCCCAGUCGCGUGGACGCUGACCUUGCCGUGAAUGCUGCCGCUGCCAGCGCUCACUUCCGACCCCGGCGGUCUUCGCCUCGGUGCCGACCUCCGGAGAACCUGAGAUGGGCGGGACGUGAAUAAAUAGUGUGUAUG